UUUAAAAGUAGCUAACAAUAAGCAUCAACACAUACAAAACACAACUUUCUAGAAAAAAACAGCUUUGCACAAUCUCAGUUUCAUUUUGAUUUUGUCAUUUUCCUUAUUGACUUUUGAGUUUCUCAGAACACAAUGGGGAACCAAGAAGCAGAGCUCGUCAUCAUCCCUCACCCGUUCUCCGGACAUAUUCUCGCAACCAUCGAACUGGCGAAACGUCUCAUCAGUCAAGACAAUCCUCGGAUCCACACCAUCACCAUCCUCUACUGGGGACUACCCUUUAUUCCUCAAGCUGACACGAUCGCCUUCCUCCAGUCCCUAGUCAAAAAUGAGCCACGUAUCCGUCUCGUUACCUUGCCCGACGUCGAGAACCCUCCACCGAUGGAGCUCUUCUUGGAAGCAGCUGAAGCUUACAUUCUUGAAUACGUCAAGAAGAUGGUUCCCAUCGUGAGGGAUGGUCUCUCCACUCUCUUGUCUUCUCGUGACGAAUCUGAUCCAGUUCGCGUGGCGGGAUUGGUUCUUGAUUUCUUCUGCGUCCCCAUGAUUGAUGUUGGAAACGAGUUCAACCUCCCUUCUUACAUUUUCUUGACGUGCAGCGCAGGUUUCUUGGGUAUGAUGAAGUAUCUCCCAGAGAGACACAGCGAAACCAACUCAGAGUUUAACCGGAGCUCUAACGAGGAGUUAAACCGGGUUCCUGGUUUUGUCAACUCUGUUCCUACCAAGGUUUUGCCGUCAGGUCUGUUCAUGAAAGAGACUUACGAGCCUUGGGUCGUGCUAGCAGAGAGGUUUCCUGAAGCUAAGGGUAUCUUAGUAAAUUCAUUCACGUCUUUAGAGCCAAACGCUUUUGAAUAUUUUGAUGGUUGUCCGGAUAAUUACCCACCCGUUUACCCAAUCGGGCCGAUACUCUGCUCCAACGAUCGUCCGAAUCUGGACUCAUCGGAACGAGACCGGAUCAUAACAUGGCUCGAUGAUCAGACAGAGUCAUCGGUUGUGUUCCUUUGCUUCGGGAGCUUGAAGAAUAUUUCUCAGACACAGAUCAAAGAGAUCGCUCAAGCCUUGGAGCUCGUUGACUGCAAAUUCCUCUGGUCAAUAAGAACCGACCCGAAAGAGUACUCGAGCCCGUACGAAGCUUUACCAGACGGGUUCAUGGACCGGGUUAUGGAUCAAGGUCUUGUUUGUGGUUGGGCUCCUCAAGUUGAGAUUCUGGCCCAUAAAGCAAUCGGAGGGUUCGUGUCUCACUGCGGUUGGAACUCUAUUUUGGAGAGUUUGGGUUACGGCGUUCCCAUCGCCACGUGGCCGAUGUACGCGGAACAGCAGCUAAACGCGUUCACGAUGGUGAAGGAGCUUGGUAUCGCAUUGGAGAUGCGGUUGGAUUACGUGUCGGAAGAUGGACAUAUAGUGAAAGCUGAUGAGAUCGCAGAAACCGUACGAUCUUUGAUGGACGGUGAGGAUCGUGCGCUGAAGAAUACAGUGGAGGAGAUUGCUAAUGCGGGAAAAGUGGCUGUGAUGGACGGUGGAUCUUCGUUUGCUGCGAUUAAAAGAUUUAUCGGUGAUUUGAUCAUCGGCGAUGGUUUGUAGAAACGUCGUAGUUUCACUUGGCGUGUGGUGACCAUGAUGCUCGGCUCAGAUUCCUUUGUUCGUUAUUAAAUAAUAGAAGACUGAGUCUUCUUACAAGUAUUUUCACCAGUUCCAUGUUUUGUAAAGGAGUCAACGAUUCCAUUAUUUGCUUCCACGUAAUGUUGUAUACUUGUAUCAUCUCAUAUUUAAGGAUCAAAAACGAGUUAUUCGGUUGUUA